AUGUCUGCUGCCCACUGCCCACUGCCCACUCUCCACCUCCCUGGGUUCUUUCACUCACCCCCCGGCCUCUGCCGUCAGAGCCACUGCCGGACGAACCAGCCGCGACCAGAGGGUCAGACAGGGCAGGCCAGAACGGGGCCAGAUCACAUCAUUCCAUUCCUCCUUACUCAUCCUGUGCCCCUGUGGGACAUGGCUGCGGGCUCUGGGCCAUGGCGAUACGGCACAUGGCUAUACGGCACACGGCACACGGCACACGGCAGGUGUCUCUGCCCACUCCGCCUGGUGGCUGCCAGAACGGUUGCCGUCCCUUCCCUUCCCGCGGAAAGGCAUCCUCUUGGAAAGUCUGGCGCCAUCCAGGCAAGGAAAGAGAAAUCUGCCGUGGCAUCAACCCCCCUUUCCCCCCCCCUCCCUUCUCCGGGCACAACAGAGCAGACAGAGAAUACAUCGGAAUACACCAGACUACACCGGGCUACACCAGGAGAGCCAGAAUACACACCAGAAGAGCCAGAAUAG